CUCUCUCCCUCUCCCGUAACGAGGGGGCUGAGCUGUCCCUCCGAGGAGGGGGCAUGGUGUGGAUAAAAGAGACCAAAAAGCAGGGGGAGGUUUCCAAAAAUAAAACCCUCCGGUUCCCCUUCAGACGGCUGCAGCGACGGGGAAGAGGCGCGAAGGUGCGGCGGCCGUGUGCGCUCAGCGGGAGUCGCAGCGCGGACUCGAGGCUCAGGGCGCGCAGCCCGGCCGCUCACGUCGCUCCGGGGAGAGCCGGGCCCGGCCGGCCGCUUCGGGGCCCCCUAGACGAGGAGACGCGGGCCGCCAGGCGGGGUCGGGAGAGCAGUCCGCGGGCGGCCCCGCGCACGACUACAAACCUCCGCGCGGGCCCCGCGCGCACCGCUCUCCAGCCGCCCCUGGCGCCAUGAGGCCGCGGACCAAAGCCCGCUGCCCGGGGCGCGCCCUGUGGGACUCCUGGAGGGGCUUCCUGCCGCUCACCCUGGCUCUGUUCGUGGGCAUGGGUCAGGCCCAAAGGGACCCCUUGGGGAGAUACGAGCCGGCUGGCGGAAACGCGAAUCGGCUGCGGCGCCCUGGGGGCAGCUACCCCGCAGCGGCUGCAGCCAAGGUGUACAGUCUGUUCCGAGAGCAGGACGCACCCGUCCUGGGCUUGCCGCCCGCGGAGCGGGCCCAGCUCGGCUGGGGGAGCCCCAGGAGGCCCGCUGAGGCGGAGGCCAGGAGACCGCCCCGCGCGCAGCAGUCGCGGCGAGUCCAGCCACCUGCGCAGACCCGGAGAAGCACUCCCCUGGGCCGGGCCGCGCCAGCUCUUCCGCGCCUUGGGACCCCACAGCGGUCCGGGGCUGCGUCCCCAACCCCGCCGCGAGGGCGGCUCACGGGGAGGAAUGUCUGCGGGGGACAGUGCUGCCCAGGAUGGACGACAGCAAACAGCACCAACCACUGUAUCAAACCUGUGUGCCAGCCACCGUGCCAGAACCGUGGCUCCUGCAGCCGGCCCCAGCUGUGCAUCUGCCGCUCCGGCUUCCGAGGAGCCCGCUGCGAAGAGGUCAUUCCUGAUGAGGAGUUUGAUCCCCAGAACUCCAGGACGGCACCUCGACGCUGGGCCGAGCGUUUACCCAACCUGCGCAGGAGCAGCCCACCCGGAGAAAGCACCGUGGCCAGGACACAGCCACCAGUGGCUGGGACCUUGAGUGGGUUGAGCCAGACCCGCCCCCCCCAGCAGCAUGUGGGACUGUCCCGCACUGUCCGACUUUAUCCGACUGCCGCUGCCGGUGGCCAGCUGACUUCCAAUGCCCUGCCCUCGGGACCAGGCCUUGAGCAGAGAGAUGGCACCCAGCAGGGUCUGGACUACCUCUCAUCCCCCUGGGGGCUGAACCUCACAGAGAAAAUCAAGAAGAUCAAGAUCGUCUUCACUCCCACCAUCUGCAAGCAGACCUGUGCCCGAGGGCACUGUGCCAACAGCUGUGAGCGGGGCGACACCACCACCCUGUACAGCCAGGGAGGCCAUGGGCACGACCCCAAGUCUGGCUUCCGCAUAUAUUUCUGCCAGAUCCCCUGCUUGAAUGGAGGCCGCUGCAUCGGCAGGGAUGAGUGCUGGUGCCCUACCAACUCCACCGGGAAGUUCUGCCACCUGCCGGUCCCGCAGCUGGACAAGGAGCCUCCAGGGAGGGGCUCCCGCCACGGGGCCCUGCUGGAAGGCCCCCUGAAGCAGUCCACCUUCACGUUGCCCCUCUCCAACCAGCUCGCCUCUGUGAACCCCUCCUUGGUGAAGGUGCACAUUCACCACCCGCCCGAGGCCUCCGUGCAGAUCCACCAGGUGGCACGGGUGCGGGGUGAGGCGGAGGCCCUGGAGGAGAACAGCGUGGAGACCAGACCCCCAGCCCGGCUCCCCGCCGGCCCUGGCCACAGCCUCUUGGACAGCAACAGCAUCCCUGCUUGGCCUGGAGAGUCCCCUCGGCCAUUGCCCCCCACGGCACCCAGGCCUCGGGGGCUGCUGGGCCGGUGUUACCUGGGUGCUGUGAACGGACAGUGUGCCAACCCUCUGCUGGAGCUGACUGCCCAAGAGGACUGCUGUGGCAGUGUGGGAGCCUUCUGGGGGGUGACCUCGUGUGUCCCAUGCCCACCCAGACCAGCCUCUGCGGUGAUUGAAAAUGGCCAGCUGGAGUGUCCUCAGGGGUACAAGAGACUGAAUCUUACUCACUGCCAAGAUAUCAAUGAGUGCUCGACCCUGGGCCUGUGCAAGGACGCGGAGUGCGUGAACACCAGGGGCAGCUACCUGUGCACGUGCGGACCUGGCCUCAUGCUGGAUCCAUCUCGGAGCCGCUGUGUGUCGGACAAGGCCAUCUCCAUGCUGCAGGGACUGUGCUACCGGUCGCUGGGGCCUGGCACCUGUGCCCUGCCUUUGGCCCAGCGGAUCACCAAGCAGAUCUGCUGCUGCAGCCGUGUGGGCAAAGCUUGGGGCAGCAAGUGUGAGAAAUGCCCCCUGCCUGGCACAGAGGCCUUCAGGGAGAUCUGCCCCGCUGGCCAUGGCUACACCUACUCGAGCUCAGACAUCCGCCUGUCCAUGAGGAAAGCCGAGGAGGAGGAACUGGCCAGGCCCCUGCGGGAGCAGGGGCAGAAGAGCACUGGGACGCUGCCUGGGCCAGCAGAGAGGCAGCCACUCCGGGCGGCCACAGACUCCUGGCUUGAGGCCGGGACCACCCCUGACAAGGGUGACUCUCAGGCUGGCCAGGUCACCUCCAGUGUCACCCAUGUACCUGCCGGGGUCCCAGGGGAUGCCAUAGGAAGACCAACACCACCACUGCCUGAACAGGGGACUCCGGAGAUCCAGGAAGAAGAGCAAGUGACCCCCUCCACCAAUGUGCUGGUGACCCCGAGCCCCCCAGGCAUUGAUAGAUGUGCUGCUGGAGCCGCCAACGUCUGUGGCCCUGGAACCUGCGUGAACCUCCCAGAUGGAUACAGAUGUAUCUGUGGCCCUGGCUACCAGCUGCACCCCAGCCAGGCCUACUGCACAGAUGACAACGAGUGUCUGAGGGACCCCUGCAAGGGAAAAGGGCGCUGUGUCAACCGUGUGGGCUCCUACUCCUGCUUCUGCUACCCUGGCUACACGCUGGCCACCUCGGGGGCCACACAGGAGUGCCAAGAUGUAGACGAGUGUGAGCAGCCAAGGGUGUGCAGCGGGGGGCAGUGCACCAACACUGAGGGCUCGUACCACUGCGAAUGUGAUCAGGGCUACAUCAUGGUCAGACAAGGACAAUGCCAAGAUAUUGACGAAUGCCGUCACCCGGCCACCUGUCCUGAUGGGAGAUGCGUCAACUCCCCCGGCUCCUACACUUGCCUGGCCUGUGAGGAGGGCUACAGGGGCCAGAGCGGGAGCUGCGUAGACGUGAAUGAGUGUCUGACCCCUGGCGUCUGUGCCCAUGGGAGGUGCAUCAACCUGGAAGGCUCCUUCAGAUGCUCUUGUGAGCAGGGCUAUGAGGUCACCUUAGACGAGAAGGGCUGCCAAGAUGUGGAUGAGUGUGCCAGCCGGGCCUCGUGCCCCACAGGCCUCUGCCUCAACACCGAGGGCUCCUUCGCCUGCUCUGCCUGCGAGAGCGGGUACUGGGUGAACGAAGAUGGCACUGCCUGUGAAGACCUAGAUGAGUGCGCCUUUCCGGGAGUCUGCCCCUCGGGGGUCUGCACCAACACUGUCGGCUCCUUCUCCUGCAAGGACUGCGAUGGCGGCUACCGGCCCAGUCCCCUGGGCCACACCUGUGAAGAUGUGGAUGAGUGUGAAGACCCCCAGAGCAGCUGCCUGGGAGGCGAGUGCAAGAACGUGGCAGGCUCCUACCUGUGCCUCUGUCCCCGGGGCUUCCAGCUGGCCAAUGGCACCACGUGUGAGGACGUGGACGAGUGCGUGGGGGAGGAGCACUGCGCGCCGCACGGCGAGUGCCUCAACAGCCCCGGGUCCUUCUUCUGCCUGUGUGCGCCUGGCUUUGCCAGCGCCGAGGGGGGCACCAGCUGCCUGGAUGUGGACGAGUGUGCCGCCGCAGACCAGUGUCUGGGAGGCCAUUGUGUCAACACCGAGGGCUCCUUCGACUGUGUGUGUGAGACUGGCUUCCAGCCCUCCCCAGAGAGCGGGGAGUGUGUGGAUAUUGACGAGUGUGAGGACUACGGAAACCCUGUUUGUGGGGCCUGGAGGUGUGAGAACAGCCCUGGCUCCUACCGCUGUGUCCUGGGCUGCCAGCCUGGCUUCCACAUGGCCCCGAAUGGAGACUGCAUUGACAUAGACGAGUGUGCCAACGACACCAUGUGUGGGAGCCACGGCUUCUGUGAAAACACCGAUGGCUCCUUCCGCUGCCUCUGUGACCGGGGCUUCGAGAUCUCCCCCUCAGGCUGGGACUGUGUGGAUGUGAACGAGUGUGAGCUCAUGCUGGCGGUGUGCGGGGCCGCGCUCUGUGAGAACGUGGAGGGCUCCUUCCUGUGCCUCUGCGCCAGUGACCUUGAGGAAUAUGACGCACAGGAGGGGCGCUGCCGCCCACGGGGGGCUGGAGGUCAGAGUAUGCCUGAGGCCCCGACAGGGGACCAUGCCCCGGGGCCCCUCCGUAUGGAAUGCUACUCCAGGCAGGAUGGCCACCCGCCCUGCUCCAGCGUCCUGGGCCGGAACACCACGCAGGCCGAGUGCUGCUGCACCCAGGGCGCCAGCUGGGGAGAUGCCUGUGACCUGUGCCCAUCGGAGGACUCAGUUGAAUUCAGUGAGAUCUGCCCUAGUGGUAAAGGCUACAUCCCUGUGGAAGGAGCCUGGACGUUUGGACAGACCAUGUACACAGAUGCCGACGAGUGUGGGAUGUUCGGGCCUGGUCUCUGCCCCAACGGCCAGUGCCUCAACACGGUGCCCGGCUACGUCUGCCUGUGCAAUCCUGGCUACCACUACAAUGCCUCCCGCAGGAAGUGUGAGGAUCACGACGAGUGCCAGGACAUGGUCUGUGAGAACGGCGAGUGUGUGAACACGGAGGGCUCCUUCCACUGCUUCUGCAGCCCCCCACUCACCCUGGACCUCAGCCAGCAGCGCUGCGUGAACGGCACCGGCAGCACAGGUGAGUGGGCCUGGGCAGCAGGGGGGAGGGCAUCUGGGCUUGGGGGCUCACGUGCCUCGUGCCCUGUGCCACCAGAGGACCUCCCUGACCACGACAUCCACAUGGACGUCUGCUGGAAAAAAGUCACCAAUGACGUGUGCAGCGACCCCCUGCACGGCCACCGCACCACCUACACGGAAUGCUGCUGCCAAGACGGCGAGGCCUGGAGCCAGCAGUGUGCUCUGUGCCCCCCCAGGAGCUCUGAGGUCUAUGCUCAGCUGUGCAACGUGGCCCGGAUCGAGGCAGAGCGGGAGGCCGGGGUCCACUUCCGGCCAGGCUAUGAGUACGGCCCUGGGCCCGACGACCUGCACUACAGCCUCUAUGGCCCAGAUGGGGCCCCCUUCUACAACUACCUGGGCCCUGAGGACACCAUCCCCGAGUCCCCCUUCCCCAACACGGCCGGCUACCCAGGGGACCACACGCCAGUCCUUGAGUCUCCCUUGCAGCCCUCAGACCUCCAGCCCCACUAUGUGGCCAGCCAUCCAGCAGAGCCCCCGGCCGCCUUCGAGGGGCUGCAGGCAGAGGAGUGCGGCGUCCUGAACGGCUGUGAGAACGGGCGCUGCGUGCGCGUGCGGGAGGGCUACACCUGCGACUGCUUUGAGGGCUUCCAGCUGGACGCGGCCCACAUGGCCUGCGUGGAUGUGAAUGAGUGUGAGGACCUGAAUGGGCCUGCUGUGCUCUGUGCCCACGGUUACUGCGAGAACACAGAGGGCUCCUACCGCUGCCACUGCUCCCCAGGUUACGUGGCUGAGGCCGGCCCCCCACACUGCACUGCCAAGAAGUAGCAGUGAGGGGUCCGUGUGGGCAGCUACCUGGAAAUGGCCUCCAGCCACAGGCCGGGGCCUUGAGGAUGCUUUCCUGGCUGGGAAGACACCACGGACGACAUCAGGCCAGAGGCUCAGCCUUGCCUGCCUUCAUCUCGCCCAGCUUAGCCCCUGGCUGUGAGCUUCCAUCACGGCCUCCGUGCCCUUGCUUGGCUCAAAUACCACCAAUCGCUUUCAUGCUUCAGCCACUGGCCAGGAGGCCAGUCCACCACCUGUCCUGGCCUUGCUAUGGGAUGCUAACCAAAGGAUGGCCCUCGCCCACCCCCUCGAGCUGCGCAAAUGUGCCAGGCCCUGUGGCCUCACACUGCAAACACCCCUUUCCAGCCAUGAUCCACCUAUCGUCUUGAUGAUUCCACAACUGGGGCAGAGGCUACAUCUGCCCUGGGAGGGUCCUUCAGAAUCUGUGGAGCAAGAAAGGGUUCGGGGGAUUUGGAGACUGACUCCAAUGCCCCCUCCCAAGAGCCAUCACCACCACUCAGCCAGUCUGGUCUGGGCCCUGAUUGUGCCACAUCUCCAUCCUGUGGCCGGUUCUCUGGCUCCAGGGAGUGGCAGAAGAUCCCCUCCCUCAGAGGCAUGACUGGUAGUAGUUUCUUGAGUGUAAGAGGCACAAAUGAAGAGGAACAAAGAGCCUGAGAAAGCAGCAAGAGGGCAAUUCGAAAAAUAUGCAGAGUUGAUAAGAAAGGGGGAGCCAAGGCUUUAUACAAGUCUAAAGAAAAUAUUAAGUAGCUUUCGGUAAAUUAACAUUCAAAAUCCACCCAGUGGUAGACCCUGUGCACCAGCAGUAAGGACUGCCACAAGAUAGGACAUCCAUCUCCACAGAACAUUAUUACAUACAUCCUGCUUCUUACAGGAAACAGACCUCUUCUGGGCUCUCCUUUUGUAAAGACCAGUUUGAUGUGCAAAAAAUAAAAAGGUCUAUUUUCUGGUGUGGUCUUGUUCAGAGGAAGCCAGAUUUCCAAUGUUGUUUCUCCCCUCUACUCAGAAGCCCCUGCCCUCCUUCCCUUCAGAUGGGUGGCAGGCAUCCCUCUGAGUUUACACGCAGAAACUCACUCCAGCCCAGGCUAGCUGGGAGUUCAGAACCAUGGCAGAAUAAAGAAAUGUACAUCUGGGCUCUUCUGUUCUUGUUUUUAUUUCAGAUUAGAUCAAAUUUCUUUACCACGUUGCCUAAGUCUAAAUAUUAGAGAUGAGGCUGUGCCUACCUCCUCCUGGUCAGUUCUGCUGAUAGCCUACGAUGGGGUUCCAAUGGGAAAAGCUUCUUUAUUAUGAAAAGACAAGGAAAGCUCCAACUUUGCAUUUCUCUGAUGAAUGGCAACGUCAACGAACAAGGCUCCAUGUGACUGGUAACAUGAAAAUGAAUGCAACUUUCUUAAUUUAAUCUGUCCUGUCAUACCUGCUCUCUGAUUGUCAGCCAUCACGUAACUUAUUGAACGCUUGCUUUGUGCCAGGCACUGUGUUGAGUAUGGUACAUAAAUUUCACUUAAUUAUCCAAUAAUCCUAUCUACCAUUUUUAUUCCCAAUUUACAGGUGAAGAAAUUGAAACACAGAAAGCUUGAAUAAUUUGCUCUAGGUCACAAUACUGGUUGAGAUGUUUUCAGCAGACAAAAAUAAAUGGCUUUUAAGCAUAUGAAAAUAUUCUUUCAUUCAUAAUAAAAGAAAUACAACUUAAAACCACCCUGAGAUACUUUUUUAAAUUGUCAGACUGGCAAAGAUCAAAAAAUUUGUGAAGACUCCUAGUUGGCAAGCAUUGGGAGAAACAGGCACUGUCGUAAUAGCUGAUGGGAGUAUACAUUGGUACAACCUCUGAAGAGGACAAUACGGCAAUGUCUUUCAAAAUUAUAAAAGCACUAACCCUUUGAUCUAGUAAUUGCACUUCUAGGAAUUUAACCUUCAGAUAUACUUUCACCAAGUGCGAAAUAACAUAUGUAAGAGGUUUUUUAUUACAGCGUUAUUUGUAAUAGCAGAUUAGAAACAAUUGUUCUGGGACCCUAAAAAAAAGUAGCUCUAAAUGCCUUGAUAAGAAAAAUAUCAGAUUGAGAGGAAAAGGGAGGUUGUGUAACAGCAUGUGACAUAUGCUAUUUGUCUAAAGAAAGGGGAAAAAGAAGUGGUUAUCUGCUAACCUCAUCUUUGCCACGCUGCCUUACAUCCCUCCAGUCAGAGAAUUUCUUACCAUUCCCCAAACAUACGCUGCAGUCACAGGACCUUCUUAAAUACUAUUCCCAGUUCUCCCCCAGCCCUCCCACCCUCACCUUCCUACCUGUCCUUCCAGAGAUAUUGCAUACAUAUACACAUAAUUUCCUUUACUAAAAACACAAAGAGCACCCUAUGCAUGCUGUUCUACACUUUGCUUUUUUUACUUUAUACUUGCAAAUAAAGCUCUCUCAUUCCCUUUUAUAGCUGUAUUCUAUUCCACUGACUGGAUAAACCAUAAUUUAUUUAAUCCGUCCCUCAUUGACAGACAUUUGCAUUGUUUCCUAUCUUUUGCUAUUGUAAAUAAUGCUGUCAAAAAUAUUCUUGUGCACAUGUUAUUUCACAUGAUAUUUAUGAGAGUUUAUCUGUAGGAUAAAUUCUUAGAAACAAUGGUAGUUUGUGGGGAGGGUGACAGGAUGGAUAGGUACAGGACUGGGAGAUUUUUCACUGUAUCUCUUUUUGUAUCUUUCUGAAUUUUGUACCAUAUGUAUUACCUACUCAAAAAAUAAAAUAUUUUUAAAUACA